UUAGACGUUCUACCUUCUUGGAGACGUACAAUGGAAAGCUUCCAUAGGAAGCUCCUGUUGGCUGGAAAAAGAUUAGGUUCUCUGAUUGCUCUGGCUUUGAACUUAGAUGAGGACUUUUUUGAAAAAGUGGGGGCCUUGGAUAAACCAAUGCCAUUUCUUCGCCUUCUGCACUAUCCAGGUGACAUGGGAUCUUUUAAUGAAGAAAUUUAUGGUGCCUAUGCUCAUUUAGAUUAUGGAAUGAUCACUCUUCUGGCAACAGAUGGUCUGCCGGGAAAAAUCCAAGCAACCACGAGUUUGGGAGGACGUACUUCAUGUAGAUGGGCGAGUACAUGAUUGCUAGUUUUUAUCUAAAGGAAGUGUUUUCAUGGCUUUUAUUGUGAAUAUUUGGGACAUGAUGGAGAGGUGGAUUAAUUGUUUAUUCGGGUAGUUUAUCA